AUGAACGAUGGCUUGGGCGGGGCUUUGUCCUACCGAGGAAAGGUCACCGUGGUGAGCAGUGUGGGCGAGUCGGACCGUAGCAGCGUGAUGUCGGUGCGCGCCUGUGGGGCGCCCUCCAAGCCGGCAGCUCCGGCACGAAAAACAUCCACAUCGAACACCAUCACAGUGCAAUGGGCAGCGCCUGCAGACAACGGCUGCCCAAUGACCGGGUACCGCUUGUACCUCGAUGAGAAUCAAGACGGAGUGGCUGAACAGGAAAUCUAUCCAGGAGCUGGAGAUGCUACAGAUCCAUUGGACAGCAGCCUUGUGGCGAACGUACUCGAGUUCCAAAGGACAGGUCUUGUUGGUGGAACGAUGUAUGGUUUCAAACUUCGUGCUUACAAUGGCCGCGGCUGGACGGAAAGCGACUGGUCCUACAUCAAGGCAGCAGGUGAGCCAGUGCAAAUGGCAGCUCCGACACAGGAAGCCUCGUCAGGUAGCAGCACCACCAUUGUCUUGGCCUGGACGGUGCCGGACAUGCAAGGUGGAACAGCAGUAGGCUUCAAGGCCUACAGAAACAAUGGAGAUGGCACUUCCAUGAAUUCCAACGCAGAUGCCACUUGCGGCAUGGAGACCAAGCCUGCGCCGCAAACGUGUACCCUCACUGGUCUCAUCACUGGCGAGACAUACACCGUUCAAAUGCUGGCCAUCAACGACAUCGGCGAAGGUCCCCUUUCCACUGCUGCUACGCUCUAUGCCGCGGCCACACCCGCGCAGAUCACCGACCUUGUGAAUACGGCCUCAGCCACCACACCAUCGCUGACCUUCUCUUGGACGGCGCCUUCAAGCAAUGGGGCCUUUAUUUACAACUACCAGGGGGAAAUGUACUAUGUGACGGGAACAACAACACAGACAUGGGAUGCUGGUGGCACGCAAGCAGUGCCCUACACUACAACAACCGGCGUGACCCUAACUGGACUGGGCUUGAUCGCGGCAGAGCAGUACAAGUUCCGCGUGCGGGCUGUGAACAAAAUGGGCAGCGGCACAUGGUCUGAAUGGUCGUCCCUGACGGACGCUCCACGCGGCUUUACACUCGAUACUCCGACCACUCCGACGAACUUUGGAAGGCACUCUGAUCCUGCGGUCACCGGCACCAUCAAGAUUGGCUGGGACGCCAUCACGACGGUCAACGAUGCAGGUGGCGAUGCAGUGGCUUCCGUGACCUAUGAGGUCUAUGCAGGUCCCACCACCGGCACCAUGACGUCGCAGACCUUGGGAUCACCCACCGACACCUUCUUCUCGAAGGCGGUGGCAGCUGGUACCACCUACUACUUCCAGAUGAGAUCUGUCAACAGCGCUGGCUUGGGCUCUGCUUGGGCUGGACCGGUCGGCCUUGUCAGCGCCGAGGUGCCUGGAGUGCCUACACUUGACUCGGUGACGAGUACAACAUCGCAGCAGGUCGUGAUGUCUUGGACUCCAAACGCCUUCGAUGGCAACUCAGUGAUCCUCCAUUAUUUGGUAAGCAAUGACAACUUCGUGGCCGACAGCCAGCAGGUCCUUUCCACUCAGACGACCUACACCUACACGCUGCAGAAUGCAGGUGCAACAGUUACGUACUACGUCAAGGCGGUCAAUUCUGUGGGCGAGAGCACUGCUGCCUCUCAGAGCGUGGUGGUGGCGACGUGA